AAGCAUUCAAAUCAAAUAUAAUUAAACAAAAAAAAGAACCUAAACGAAACUUUAUUCAUAGCGCCAUUAUCACAAACUUAAAUUCCUCCACUUUUCACGACCGAUUUUCCACCAAAGAAACACACACAUACACGCACACUCACAACGGGAAAAACAUAAUAACAAACACGGUGUUGCCACAUGAAAAUCCACCCCAAGCACGUAAUAGAGAGAGUGAGUGUGUUUGAAUCAAUAAAUUGAGAGGGGUGCUUUUACUAUCCACCAGUUUAAGACGUGACGUUUAUUAGAAAACAUCGUGUGUUUGGGAGAAGAAAAAAAAAACGUUCCUGCUGAUGUUAAAUUAAAAACAUUAUUGAAAAAUACUGGAAAAAUGGCAAAGAAAUAAUUUAUUAAAUGUAUUGCUGUGAACUGUAACAAAACUGAUGUGCUUUUGAAAUUAAUUUUAUUGAAUCGAAAACUUUUGAUUUGUUUAGCAAAAAAGGAAAAUAGUUUUUUUGUGUAUGUAAAAGGUGUGUCCGUCGCUAAAGUUCUGUGUGUAUAUCGAAAAAUUGAUACCUACCAUAGCAGUGACAAAAAAGCUUUCAGCUUUACCAAUGCAACAACGUGGCGUUAUAAUUAAUCAAUGAUAGCUAAUUAUACGAAUUAAGUCAACGUUAAAGCACAAAUGACAGCCAACAUGUUUGUGAAAAAUGUAUUGUAAAUGUGUGCAUGUGAUUAAAUUUAAUUUCGAAAAGGGGUGCAAGCUAUCAAGCGGUAACGUGAAGUAACGACAAAACAUGCAUUUACAUUUCGAGAAAAAUACGGACACAAAAUGCGAUUGCUCCAUUUUAUCAUUGUCUUGGAUGGGAAAGGUCCCAGAUGAUAUUCCAGAGGAUGAUGGUUGGAAAUUGAAUCGAACCAACUACUAUCAAGAAGGAUGGCUUGCUACAGGAAAUAUUCGCGGCAUCGUUGGCGUUACAUUUACAACAUCGCACUGCAAGAAAAAUAUGGAUUAUCCCCUUCGGACGAAUUACAACCUGAGAGGACAUCGUUCAGAUGUAAUUCUUGUGAAAUGGAACGAACCGUAUCAGAAAUUAGCGUCCUGUGACUCAUCGGGCAUCAUUUUCGUUUGGAUCAAAUACGAGGGUAGAUGGUCCAUUGAGUUGAUAAAUGAUCGAAAUACGCCAGUAACACAUUUCUCCUGGUCGCAUGACGGACGAAUGGCACUGAUUUGCUAUCAGGAUGGUUUCGUAUUGGUUGGGUCGGUAGCAGGACAACGGUAUUGGUCGUCAAUGUUGAAUUUGGAAUCAACAAUAACGUGCGGAAUAUGGACGCCUAUGGACGACCAAGUGUACUUCGGAACCACACAAGGUCAAAUAAUCGUUAUGGAUGUUCACGGGGCCAUGGUGUCACAAGUGCAAUUGUGUUCAGAUGUUGGAAUCACCUCAAUGGCUUGGUCCUGUGAGAAAUUUAAAAUGGAAGAAGGUGAAGACACAGAACCGGGUGUAUCAAAUGCUGCUAAGCGUUCGUUUGUACUGGCUGUGAGCUUUCAAAAUGGCUUUAUUUAUCUGUUGAAAUCGUUCGAUGAUGUGUCACCAGCUCACAUAAACACCGGUCUAAAUGGAUCGUUAGGAUUUGUUAUGGAAUGGAGCAACUCACGAGAAUUACUAGCUGUGGCUGGCACGUCUCAACAAACCACUCAAUACGGCGAUGCUCAAAAUGUCACGACUUACAAAAAUAUUUUAAAUUUUUACACGGAAUCGGGCAUGUUAUUAUAUACAACACAAAUACCGAACACCACCACUACUGUGUCAGCUCUAACAUGGGGUCAUAAUGACAAAAGAUUAUUCAUAGCGACUGGAACUCAAGUGCACAUUGCUUGGGUCUCAAGAAGAGUCGCAUCGUUACAACUGUUGUGCCGGUUACAAAUCCAGAGUUGUAUUGGCACUGAAUUAUAUAUUCCACGGUUGCCACUUCCUUCACGUAUAAAGAAUCUGAUAGGACAUUUAUUUGCUCAAACAAUUCGGUGCUGUGUUCCGAACGCCAAAUCAUUGAGAGAAUUUGUGUCUAGGCCUCCAGCUUGUUCGACAAGACUGCACUGUACGAUGAUUCGGCAUGACGAUGAAAAUAAUCUCAGCUCGGGUACCUGUUACACUCUCUACUUGGAAUAUCUGGGUGGCCUUGUACCACUGCUGAAAGGCAAAAGAACUUCAAAAAUUCGUCCAGAAUUCGUCAUAUUCGAUCCACAAACCGACGAAAUGGGUGUGUUCCUUCCUUAUUCGGACGUUACGCCAAAAAGUUCGUCUGCGUCAAGUCAUUCAACAAUUAACACUAACGGGCGUACGGAUUCGUCAGACAGUGACGUGGAUGAUGGAUGCAAAGGAUCACCCAAACUCACCCGGAAACGAAAACAAGAACGAAAGCGUAAAACUGCCAGCACAGGCGAAAAAUCGUCAACACAAGAUCAUGAAGUUUCCGACGAACUAGCAUAUGUUGAUACUCUGCCUGAGGAAGUGAAAUUAGUUGAAGUGAACUCAAAUAUUUGGGGAACCAAAUUCAAAAUUCACGGCAUAGCCAAGAAUGUUCCCGCUAAUCUAGGACAAAUUUCGUAUAAAACGUCGCUACUUCACUUGCAACCUCGUCAGAUGACUGUUGUCGUUACCGAACUUCGAGACGACUCACCAGGCGGUCCAGAUCCUACCUUCAAUCCAAAUAUAUUUUCGGAGGACGAAGAAGAAUCGCCGAUUAGCCAGAAGCGAUUGAAUGAAGUUCUAACGACAAUUGCACCAAUGUCACCCCGCCCGAGUAAAUUUAUUCCACGGAAUCGUUCAAAUCUACCAUCCAGAUCGGUUGAAAAACCAAACGCAUUGGGUCCGCUAGCAAAGGCUGAGUCUUACGAAGAUGACUUUCCAUAUGUCGAAUUUGCAGAAGUCACACAUCACACACCGAUCGCCCGACCGAAGAAUAUCGAAGCAUCCAGUCCGAGGCCUGGGCCCAGCUACACCAGUCUUGUAACGCAAUACAGUCGUUCUUCAUCAAAUUCUAGUGGUCAAUCACGUCAUGCUAUUUCACCACUGUGCUGUGAAGGAUCCGUCCCAACAUUGCAAUCGCCGAAAAACGCUGUAGCUCCAAGUGAUAUAAUCUUUGAUCGUCCGCCAGCGUCCCAAACGACUGUUAUGAGUUAUUCCAGUAGCAUAGAUUAUGCGAACAAUGUCUUUCAAGUGAAAAGUGCUGUUAUGUCCGACGUAACAAAAACAAGUGCCCAUGGCAGCCAAGUACCGUUCAACUUGAGCUUAAAUUUGGAUCGCUUAGAAGGGAAAACGAGCAAAGAAAAACCAAUGGUCAAGAAGAAAGAAAUUCAAUACAUUGACGAGGAAACGCCAACCACUUCGACGAACCCAUCAGUCCUUGAGUCAAAAAUGCGUCGCACUCCAACGGUAAUAUCUAUUUCUCCAGCAUGUCUAUCCGAAUCCAUAACCCGCAGCUGCAGUGUGGGAUAUCUUGACUCCGUCGAAAUGGUGCCGUCAGACAUAGCUCUAUCGAUGUUACGAAAAGAUGCGCCCAACAAGCGUCUGGUCCUUGUCGACCGAAAGCCACGGAAGAACAAGAAAAUGAGCGAAGACAUGCGUAAGCAGAAAUUGCAGCAAUGCGGCAAAUCGAAAAGUCUUGACUCGUGUGAUAUUCUCCAGGAUUUCCGCAAGCACAACAACAAUGACAUUGACAAUGCCAUGCCAAAGUUACAUGAAACAUCCGAAACAGAUUCGUCAUCCGAUUCUGUUGAACCAAAUACGUCCACAGAGUUAACGCAACAGAGAGUUAACCGAAUAAAGAGUGACAGAACUAAUGAGCUUGAGAAAUAUGUUAAAGAGUCCAAGAGUAACGGUAACGACAUUGAAAAAAUGUCCACAUGUUCAAAAUGCAAACAGUCGAAUUGCGUAUGUCGCAAGCCAAAAUCGUCACAGCAACAACAGCAACAGCAACAACAACUACCAAGUAGCCUUUUAGAUAGUCGUAAUAAUAAUGCAACAACUCCAACAACCGUCCUGCCUAGUGGUAAGAAUAAUAAAUCUUCACGGAUCGAGCAAAGCCUUACCAGCGAAACGAAUAGACCGAAUAGUUCGAAAGGGAAUACCAAAAAUGAUAGAAUGACACGCAAGAAAUCUGAAGUGAUUACCAGUUACACAGACAGUCCGCUGUUUUCGCGAAAACAUCGUUUCGGAGACGAUGCCGAUGGUUCUAGGUUCUUGAGCUCAGAUUCGCCUAUAUUAGGCAAGAAGAGCGAAAACAGUUUCAGCUUUAUCAAACAAUUAUCGGAAGCAAGGCGACGACGGAAGGAAGAGAAUGCUCAAUUGUCGAAGACAGAAAUCGAAGUGCAACACGUCGAAAUUUCCACAACAGAACAGAAGACAUCGGUAUCGUUACACACACAGGCACUUACAACACUAGAAAAUAUAAUUAGUCGAUUACGUGACCUAGAUGAGAGUCGUUAUACACCUCCAUCAUCGCCGAAACCACACCGACAACCCCGAAGUUCUCCCGCUUCACCAGCUCCCAGCAAAAAGGGAAAACGGCAUCAAAGUGCAUCGCCCAUUCGACAUAUUCUUAAUUCCCCGUUACUAAAUCGACGCCAGCGAAAGAAGCCUCAGCCCGAUAGUUCCGACGACGAAUCGAAUCAACAAGAAAUGGAUGACAAGCCGAACAACAGCAAACAGUAUCGCGAUUUGGAGACGUUCCAGAAGGCUCAGCUACGUCAAAAGCUGAAACGUGGAAAGAUCGAACCGAAUGGAACUCCAACAAUUUCGCAUCCAGCACCACUUCGAAGGGAAUUUGUUAUGCAUAAUAAGGCUCCGAUGUGGAACGAAAAUAGCCAAGUGUAUCAGUUGGAUUUUGGCGGUCGUGUUACUCAAGAAUCAGCGAAGAACUUUCAAAUUGAAUUUCGUGGCAAGCAGGUAAUGCAAUUCGGACGUAUCGACGGGAACGCUUACACUCUCGACUUCCAGUAUCCGUUUUCGGCACUGCAAGCCUUCUCCGUUGCAUUAGCUAACGUAACUCAGAGGUUAAAAUAGAAUCUAUUUUCCAUCCAAGUUUAAAGAAAUUUUUUUUCUUGAUUUUUACAUUUCGUUUUUUAAUGAUUAAAAAUAAUUUCAAAAUAAGUAAAAUGCGAUAGCGAAUACGAUUAACCAAUUUAUAUUUUGGAAAAUAUUUGAAGAAAAAAAUACGAAAAACAAUCGUGUCGGAUGGUCUUCCGUUAUUUGUGUGUGUUUCAUGUAUGAAUUGUGUUGGCAAAAUAUCG